CCCACUGUUUGUGAACGGGAGCUCUGUGUAUUUGCUUUCCAAACUUUAGGAGUGAUGAAUGAAGCGGCUGAUGAAAUUGCAACUGGGGCUCAGGUGGUUGAUCUGUUAGUAUCCAUGUGUCGGUCUGCGUUAGAGUCACCUAGGAAAGUUGUCAUUUUUGAGCCAUAUCCUUCUGUAGUUGAUCCUAAUGAUCCUCAGAUGCUGGCCUUUAACCCCAGGAAGAAGAAUUAUGACCGAGUCAUGAAAGCAUUGGACAGUAUCACUUCGAUUAGAGAGAUGACACAGGCACCUUACUUGGAAAUAAAGAAGCAGAUGGAUAAACAAGACCCACUUGCACAUCCUCUUCUACAAUGGGUUAUAUCUAGUAAUAGAUCGCAUAUUGUGAAGCUACCGGUGAAUAGGCAACUAAAGUUUAUGCACACUCCCCACCAGUUCCUACUUCUCAGCAGUCCACCAGCCAAAGAAUCCAAUUUCCGAGCUGCUAAAAAUCUCUACGGAAGUACCUUUGCAUUUCAUGGUUCACACAUUGAAAAUUGGCAUUCCAUCCUGAGGAAUGGCUUAGUUGUUGCUUCCAAUACAAGGCUGCAGCUCCAUGGUGCAAUGUUUGGAAGUGGAAUCUAUCUUAGUCCAUUGUCAAGCAUAUCAUUUGGUUACUCAGGUAUGAACAAGAAGCAGCAGAAGGUGUCAGCUAAAGAUGAACCAGCUUCAGGCAGUAAGAGCGGUAAUACAUCACAGUCACAGAAGAAAGGACAACAGUCACAAUUUUUGCAAAGCCGUAACUUAAAAUGCAUAGCCUUAUGUGAAG